CCAAACUGCAAUCAAAUCGGCGAGUCAGACCAAGUCUUGCAGACGGACCACUACUCCACGGCCAAACAGUCCUCUCUCGAUAACCCGAUUGCCAACUCGGAGUCAUCUGCUUGUCCAUAUCCGGUUAACCGUGACAAUCUACUCCUCGAUCCGAAUCGUCUAGACGGACCAAAUUUAAUCAUUCAAGAUGUGGCCUUUUCAUGGCAAAUAAAACAGGUCGAACCAGCUGCCAAGCCUUGCGAUAUUCAUAUUGUAUUUGAGUGUAAUGAUCCGGAAAAACAAACCAAAUACCUUCGACUAUUCAACAACGGAACGGCUCUCUUGCACUACGAGUGGACACGCGUCAAAGAGCCAGAUACAUUUGGACUGGAUCGUUCUGGUCACUGUCGUUUUUUCCUCGAUUUUCAACCAGGUACUCUGCAACCAGGUGAAAUUAUUCACAUUCCAAUCACAUUUCGAUCCUGGCGUGAGGAGAUCUAUUGCGAAUCCUGGAGAUUGGACACAAAACCAGUGUUGAACGGUGGUCAACCAAUUCGCAUCCGGCUUCGCGGACUUUCUAUAUGGCCAAAAUCGUAUCAGUUUCAUGCACUUCGACCUAAUGCACCCAAUACUGAGGUAUUUUUUAAUGUGAACCAACACGCUUUCUCAUGA